AUGAAGCUCUCUGUGCUUGUUGCUGCUCUGGCUCUUUCAUCCGAGGCCCUUUCUGCAUGCGCCAACACGUGGCAGAAAUGCAAGCCAGGAGACGCAAACAUGUGCGAAUGUCAGGGAAGCCACAUAAUGAAGUGCCUGCCAUCUUUCCCUCAUCAUGGUAAAAAGAAGUUGGUGUUUGCGUAUCGGAAGCUGUAUGUUUGUCCUAAGAAUUGGCAUCUGCGUCAGGAUGAAGCCAAUGCCCACUCCUACCUAGUGACUCGAAACUGCUCAUACGAGUCAGUUGGUAAGCUUCUAGACAACAGUCUAUGCGUUUUGGAUGUAUGGGUCGAGAAUGAUCAAGAUAGAUUUAUGAAGGCUUUUUUCUUUUGA